AUGGGUAGGAAGCGGUGUGUCGGCGCAGAUUGUUCAAAGAUGGCGGCCGGGUGCUGCGGGGUGAAGAAACAGAAGCUGUCGGGGUCCCCCGGGUCGGGGGGCCCCGGCGGGGCGGGGAGCGGGGUGGCAGGGACUGGGCACUGCGGAUCGGACUUGGGGAUCGCUUCCUCCUCGACUGUGGCAGCAGCAGGGAGCGUGAAUCGGGCGAACGGCCUCGGGGGUCCUGGGGGUAGCAGUGGCAGCAACACCAGCGCGCUGUCCCCAACUCCUGGAGGCUACAACUCCACCGCCCUCUCGCCGAAUCUCAGCCCCGGCCCGGGCUCUGGCAGCGGGGGCAGGAAGAUGGUGGUGUCGGCGGAGAUGUGUUGCUUUUGUUUCGACGUGCUUUAUUGCCAUCUGUACGGAUACCAGCCCCCUCGAACACCCAGGUUUACAAACGACCCUUACCCGCUGUUUGUCACGUGGAAAGCAGGACGGGACAAGCGGUUGAGGGGUUGUAUAGGUACAUUUUCUGCCAUGAACCUCCAUUCAGGACUCAGGGAGUACACCCUUACCAGUGCCCUUAAAGACAGCCGCUUCCCCCCCAUGACGAGGGACGAGCUGCCGCGCCUCUUCUGCUCAGUGUCUCUGCUCACCAACUUCGAGGACGUUGGUGAUUACCUUGACUGGGAGGUGGGUGUACACGGCAUUAGGAUCGAAUUUUUCAAUGAAAAAGGAUCAAAACGCACCGCCACCUACCUUCCAGAAGUUGCAAAGGAGCAAGGAUGGGACCACAUUCAGACCAUAGAUUCCUUACUGCGGAAGGGAGGCUACAAAGCCCCCAUCACAAACGACUUCAGGAAGACCAUCAAGUUGACCAGGUAUCGUAGUGAAAAGAUGACGAUGAGCUACGCAGAUUACAUCGCACACCGCCAGCAUCACCACUACCAGAACGGCAUCGGACACCCUCUCCCACCCUACAACCAUUAUUCCUGACACCGAGCCACUGGAGCAGUCCCUGGACCUCUCCACUGAACUCUUCCCAGGGGACCCCGGCCCUUCCUGGUCUAGCUAUCUUUACUACUGUACCAUUUUAUGAUGAUUGUUUCCGUUGCUGUGCCAACAUCCCUCCAGGGUGGUGCAGCAACGGGCAGCAACAACGGCAAUCCUCUGACUGCAAAUUUUUUUUUUAAUCGUCCUUCUCUCGUUUCUGAGAUUUUGCAGCAUAGACAAUCCCGAUUU